CUCGAGCUUCCUUUCUCAUUCCUGGAGCCUACACAGUGGGUCCAAUUCUUCUGGACUGUGUCGAGUAAGCAAUCCAUCCAAAGGCUUACCGUACACAUACCUGACUCUGAUUAUAAGCAAAGGUAUUUGCCAAGAUUCUGCAGAGCGCUUAAGGAAAGUGGGGCUGAAACAAAAGUCUCUCUCGGCACUCUUGAGAAUGUCUUCAACUUGGAUUUGCUCGAAUCAAAUUCAUUUUCAGAUGUCAACUUCAGUUGUCGCAAUGGUGAUCGAGGGCAACUGCUAGCCUUGCUGCAGCUUUUCCCCGCAAUGAAGAGCCUAGGUUUGCACGUCAACGCGGGUGACGCUGAGCUGUGCUCGGCCGUCGCAAAAUACAUUAGGAAAGAAGACUCACUUCUUGAAAAUCUGCGGCUCACAUUUUCUUUCAAUGUCCCUGACAUCAUGGACUGCACAUUCAGAGCAUGGACAGAAAUUUUCGAGUCGCUCGCUUCAAGCACGAGCAUUAAAAAGCUGCGAGUAGACUUGGAACACUGCAUGCUAGGCCGAAACCCUGUGUACAAGCGGGGAGUGGAGCGGCUGGCUGACGUCAUCAACACGAGUCGGAGCAUACGAAUGGUGUCCUUCAUCGCCGACGUUACGAUGAUAAUCAAGGACUUUUUUGGGCGCCUCUGUUUUGGCAUCGCGGAGAACUACAUUCUCGUGAGCAUAGACACGGCCAAGUACCUACAAAUAGAUAAGAAAGCGUUUCAAGACUUCUUCGCCGUCUUGGACGCCGUGCGUCGAAACGCCAGCUUUGUGACACUCGCUGCAGAUUUCACUGACAGCAGGACACUGGACAGACGCUGCGUCCGAGCCUUGGAGCGAGUGCUGCGCCAUCCUCCCCUCCUUGAGGAGCUCGCCGAACAAGAGUCCAUGAGCGUGGCCGAGGCCUCAGCGAUGGUUCGACGAAAGUUCAGCAGAGCCGAAGGCCUGCACGACUUCAUGCGGCUCGCCGGUGUCGUCAAAGAGCGUGUGGAGUGCAACUCGCGUGCAGGCGGACGACUUCAACUGGACGACCUGGAUGAAUACUGCUGGAGGAAGGUUCGGAGCUACCUCAUGAUAGACGACAUCAGGGACCCUGGAGCGACCACGCUGGUCCAUCGCUAA